AUGGCAGAUCGAGAUUCGGGAAAUAUGGAGAGUGCAUGUCGUCUGAAAACGAGAAGAUGGAGGCUCGCAUUUGCGGCGUGCUCUGCCAUUUUGUGGCCUGCUUGUGGCGUUCUUCCCGGGACCUGGCGUGCGGAACGGCGAGUGCGGAGAGGUGAUUGGGCGGAAGAGCGCGUUGCGCGCGCAGAUAGACCUUGCGGGUGCAGGCGCGGUUCCAUGGCGUCACGCGCGCAACAGCUGAGGGGAAUCCUCGGCCGCACGAGGCGAGCGUGUUCCGCUGCCACGUCACGGGAUUCGCUGCUCUCUGCCACGUGGCAGCUCGCGGUUGCGUCGGACACAUCACUGUUAGCCACUAGGCCCGCGCAUGGCGUGGCAGCCCCUUGCGCAGCGGGGAAUGCCGCAGCAGCAGGCGGAGGAACAGGCGGAGCAGCAAGCAAAGCAGCAGCAGCAACGUUGUUACAGCCAGCGGAGGCCGUUGCUGUGCAUCUACACCUGCAAGCAUCCGCGCCUGUCGGUCUGCGGUCCCUGAGAGCCCUCGAGUGCAUUCCCCCCCAGUCAGCCCUACUCCCCCAUGCCGUCCCCCCGUCACCCGCCCACGCGCUGCUCUGUAAACCAUGGGGGUCACAGCCUCAGCAGCCCCUGUUGGGAUGGCCUCGUGUGCAGGUUGUGGGUGGGGGACGCAUGAGUCUCAGUCCGCUAACCGCCGCUGCCUUUCACUCGUGCGCGCAGCCACAGCAGCUGAGCGCCGCGCUGUUUCUCCGCCUGCCACGUGGCAUGCGGCCGUUGGUGCUGCGACCAGUGGAAGCAGCAACUGGAGUGCAGCAGCAUCGGUGGUAUGCCGCACAGGGCAGCAGCCACAAGGACAGCAGCAGCAGUGGGAGGAGGGAGGUGGUGCGGCAGGAGGAGGAGGACGUGUUCAGCAGCAUCACCGACAAGAUCCCCGAACGCCCCGUCUCCGCCGCCGAGGGCGCGUCGUACUCAAUCGUCAUCCUCGCUGCGUUGGCUGUGGCGGCUGGGGCGGCGUAUUUUGUUGUCAAGGAGCUGCUGCUGGAGCCCAAGGAAUACAAGGUGUUCAAUAAGGCCCUUCAGCGCGUGCAGAACGACCCUCAGGUGAUAUCGCGGCUGGGGUCGCCCAUCACGGGGUACGGCCAGGAGAGCAGGAACCGGGCGGCACGGCAGCGAAUCAGCCACCGCGUGUGGACGGAUGAAGAAGGGGUGGAGCGGAUCCAGGUUCAAUUCCACAUCCGAGGUACAGGGGGCACGGGCCUUGUGCACGCUGAGAUGUUCAGAGACAGUGAUGACGGCGGAGCUUGGAAGUUCACGUACCUUCUUGUUGAUGUAAUGAGCCCAUCUCCAGCAAGGCUCAUGUUGGAAUCAUACGUUCCAGCAUGA